UUUAAGCCACUGUCCCCCCUGUUCUGCACCUUCACUGGGGUCCACUCCUGCCUGUCGUUUUAGUCACCUGCGUGCUGCUUUAUGCCCUAGCCCCCAACACUCCUCAGAUUUAUAGUCUGUUUCGGGCAAGGACUGUCUUACUCUUCUUUGAUGCUUUUCAGGUUUCAUGCAUGGGAAGUAGAAACUGAAUAAGCAGCUAUUAAACAUAAUGUAGGGCAGUCUCCAAGACAAUGAGAAAGCCACGGGUUGACACCGCCUGACGGAGCGAAAGCCAGCUGGCUCCCUCGCUGCUCUACCACUUGCCCUCAGCUCCUCUUGUCCCUCCCGUCUGCUCUGUAAAGUGCAUGUCACUCUGAUGGACACAAGCACCGCACAGGGAGAGCUGGGCUGGCUGCUGGAUCCGGAGGAUGGGUGGAGUGGGGUGCAGCAGAUCCUGAAUGGGACACCCCUCUACAUGUACCAAGACUGCCCAGUGCAAGAAGGAGGAGACACUGACCACUGGCUCCGCUCCAACUGGAUCUACCGGGGGGAGGAGGCCUCGCGGGUCCACGUGGAGCUGCAGUUCACCGUGAGGGACUGUAAGAGUUUUCCCAGAGGGGCCGGGCCUCUCGGCUGCAAGGAGACCUUCAACCUUCUGUACAUGGAGAGCGACCAGGACGUGGGCGUCCAGCUCCGAAGGCCCAUGUUCCAGAAGGUGACCACGGUGGCUGCGGACCAGAGCUUCACGAGUCGAGACCUCGCGUCCGGCACGAUGAAGAUGAACGUGGAGCGCUGCUCCUUGGGCCGCCUGACCCGCCGCGGCCUCUACCUCGCCUUCCACAACCCCGGGGCCUGUGUGGCCCUGGUGUCCGUGCGCGUGUUCUACCAGCGCUGCCCCGAGGCUGUGCAUGGCCUGGCCCGAUUCCCCGACACUCUCCCCGGGCCCGGCGGCUUGGUGGAAGUGGCGGGCGCCUGCUUGCCCCACGCCCAGGCCAGCCCUGGGCCCUUGGGUGCACCCCGCAUGCACUGCAGCCCUGACGGCGAGUGGUUGGUGCCGGUGGGGCGGUGCCACUGCGAUCCCGGCUAUGAGGAAGGUGGCAAGGAGUGCGUGGCCUGCCCUAGUGGCUCCUACUGGGCGGACAUGAACCCACCCCAUUGUCUCAAGUGCCCCCAACACAGCACAGCCGAAUCUGAGGGGGCCACCAUCUGUACCUGUGAGAGUGGCCAUUACCGAGCCCCUGGGGAGGGCGCCCAGGCAGCGUGCACACGUCCCCCCUCUGUCCCUCGAAACCUGAGCUUCUCUGUUUCCGGAUCUCAGCUCUCCCUGCGUUGGGCGCCCCCAGCAGAUAUGGGGGGGCGCCAGGAUGUGAGAUACAGCGUGGGGUGUUCUCAGUGUCGGGGAGCGGCGCUGGACAGUGGGCCUUGCCAGCCCUGUGGGGGGAGCGUGCGCUUCUCCCCAGGGGCCAGCGGGCUCACCGCACCUGCUGUGCGCGUCGAUGGCCUCGAACCCUACGCCAAUUACACCUUUACCAUCGAAGCCCAAAAUGGGGUGUCGGGGGUGGGCAGCACUAAGCACGCCAGCGCCUCGCUCAACAUCAGCAUGGGGCAUGUAGAGUCACUGUCAGGCCUGUCCCUGAGGCUGGUGAGGAAGGAGCCCCGGCAGCUGGAGCUGAGCUGGGCGGGGGGCUGGCCCCGCAGCCCCGGCGGGAACCUGAGCUAUGAGCUGCACGUGCUGAACCAGGACGAAGAACGGCACCAGAUGGUACUGGAACCCAGGGUCCUGCUGACCGAACUGCAGCCAGACACCACGUACAUCGUGCGGGUCCGAACGCUGACCCCGCUGGGCCCUGGCCCCUUCUCCCCCGACCACGAGUUUCGGACCAGCCCACCAGUUUCCAGGGGCCUGACUGGAGGUGAGAUUGUGGCCAUCAUCUUCGGGCUGCUGCUGGCUGUGGCGCUUCUGCUCGGGAUCGUGGUCUGCCGGUCCAGGAAAGGUCGGAGGCGACGGCAGCAGAGGCAGCGUGACCGUGUCACCAACGUGGACCGAGAGGACAAGCUGUGGCUAAAGCCUUAUGUGGACCUCCAGGCAUAUGAGGACCCUGCCCAAGGAGCGCUGGACUUCACCCAGGAGCUCGAUCCAGCCUGGCUGAUCGUGGACACUGUCAUAGGGGAAGGGGAGUUUGGGGAAGUGUAUCGAGGGAACCUGAGAAUCCCCGGCCAGGACUGCAAGACCGUGGCCAUUAAGACCCUGAAGGACACAUCUCCAGAUGGCCAGUGGUGGAACUUCCUUCGAGAGGCAACAAUCAUGGGCCAGUUCAACCACCCACACAUUCUGCACCUGGAAGGCGUGGUCACAAAGAGAAAGCCCAUCAUGAUCAUCACGGAGUUUAUGGAGAAUGGAGCCCUGGAUGCCUUCCUGAGGGAGCGGGAGGACCAGCUGGUCCCUGGGCAGCUGGUGGCCAUGCUGCUGGGCAUCGCAUCUGGUAUGAACUACCUCAGUGACCACAGUUACGUCCACCGGGAUCUGGCUGCCAGGAACAUCUUAGUGAGUCAGAACCUGUGCUGCAAGGUGUCUGACUUUGGCCUGACCCGCCUCCUGGACAACUUCGAUGGCACCUACGAAACCCAGGGAGGAAAGAUCCCCAUCCGUUGGACAGCCCCCGAAGCCAUCGCCCAUCGGAUCUUCACCACAGCCAGCGACGUGUGGAGCUUUGGGAUUGUGAUGUGGGAGGUGCUGAGCUUUGGGGACAAGCCCUAUGGGGAGAUGAGCAAUCAGGAGGUAAUGAAGAGCAUCGAGGACGGGUACCGGCUGCCCCCUCCCGUGGACUGCCCUGCCCCUCUCUAUGAACUCAUGAAGAACUGCUGGGCCUAUGACUGCGGCCGUCGGCCCCCCUUCCAUCAGCUGAAAGCACAUCUGGAGCAACUGCUGGCCACGCCCCACUCCCUGCGGACCAUUGCCAACUUCGAUCCCAAGGUAACCCUUCGCCUGCCCAGCUUGAGUGGCUCAGAUGGGAUCCCCUAUCGGAGUGUCCCUGAGUGGCUGGAGUCGAUCCGCAUGAAACGCUACAUUCUGCACUUCCGCUCAGCUGGGCUGGACACCAUGGAGGGUGUGCUGGAGCUGACGGCCGAGGACCUGGUACAGAUGGGCAUCACGCUGCCAGGACACCAGAAACGCAUUCUUUGCAGUAUUCAGGGAUUCAAGGACUGAGCCCUCCCCUGUCCCUGCCCUGUCCUCAGGGAGCAGGGAUGGGGCCAUGGUCACGCAUGCCCCUUCCCUCAGCCUGCCAGGACCUGGUGCUGCUCCUGCCUGCCCGAGGAACUUGCCUCUGGAGCCUGGGAGCCUUUUGAUGUUAAAAAGGGAGGUAGGGGGUUAAUAUAUAUAUAUACAUAUAUAUAUAUACAUACACAUAUAUAUAUUUUUGUAAAUAAACAGGAGCUGAGUUUUCAUCUUUA